CUUUUAGCUGCGAGGGUGAGGUUUAGCCACACAGUGAACGCAAACAGAAAAGUUCAGCGGGAUCAUGUUUCAGCAUCACCCCUUUCCCCCUUUGAGUGUUUUCCAGGCGGGGGGUGGGUGGGGGGGGAAUGAGGCAGGCUCCACGCCGCCCCUCGCGCUUAGGAGACCGGGCUUUGCUGCGUGGCCCCAGGAGGCCUCGGGAAAACUCUCUGCCCCGCGCCCUCAGCGCCAGCUCCUGCGCUGGGGUCCCGGCCUCGCUUGGGGCAGAGCCGCGUCGGCUGCCGGGCUGGCUGAGGGAGGGUUUCCAGGCACGGCUCCCAGCGCUGGAGAACUGCCCUUUACAAGAAUAACCGAGGGACACCCCGGCUCCUUCCCAACGCGCCCCGCUGCCACAUAACCGCAGGCUUCCCGACUGAGUGAAAUAGGAGUUCCCCAAAGUGGAUCAUUGCUUUCCCUCUGCUCGUUCACCGUCCAGUUCAGACUUGCAAUGAGUGGACUGAGGUCUCCUGUGCUGCUCGGGCUGGUGCUCUUAAUGCUGUCAGCAAGCUAUUGCAAAGAGAGAACUGACUCCAUAGGUCUAAAGGACAGGCAAAGCCUCUUCAAUCUCAUCAUGGAGAUUAUUCAGGAACUGAAAAAAUACCACACGGAAGAGGACAACGGGGUUCUAUACUUCUCCAACCACGAUUAUACUUUAGACAGAAGAGAAGUAGCUGAUUAUGGAGAGUACCAGGACGAACAGAGAGCAGAAAUAGUUCCUAGAGAUCUGAGGUUGAAAGACAAGUUUUUAAAGCAUUUAACAGGUCCUCUCUAUUUUAGUCCAAAAUGUAGUAAACACUUUCAUCGGCUUUAUCACAAUACAAGAGACUGUACCAUCCCAGCUUAUUAUAAAAGAUGUGCCAGGCUUCUUACUCGACUGGCAGUAAGUCCAAUGUGCAUGGAAGGAUAAGAUACUACCAUACAGACGAGAAACAUUAAGAACCAGGAGAAGUGCCUUGGAAACCAACAGGGAAAUAGAACUUAAACACUUAAAUACCUUUAUAACAUAUUUCAUUGUGAACAAGAGGAUUUAUUUUUGCAGAUUGACAGACUAUUUCCCAUAAUUCUUCUAACAUGUGUUUUGUAUGUUUUGAACAGUUUGCAGAUCUACAUUAUUUACAAUAGUAUAACUGCCAAUAGUAUUUACUGUUCCAUACUUAAAAGUACACUCCACAUCAGGUGUGUAGUGCUGCCAAAAAUUACAUGGACAUAUACCCUUCAAGAAAUAAAUGUACUGUUGCUGAAUUCUGAGACUUGGAGGGAUGUUUUUAUAUAUCCAGAACUCUUACAUCUACUCCACUGCAGCGGUUUUCACUUGAUAUUCUUCAUGCUUAUGCAAUUAAGAGUUUGGUUAAAACAAACUUAUUUACAAAUUUCAAUGUUAGAAGGGUCACAUUGUACCCUUGGAGUACAAGUUACAAAUUGCAUGACAAAUACAUAAGAUAAUACCAAGUGAACAUGUUUUCUUGAGUCAGAGGAGUGUGGAUUUUGUAUACACACAAUUUACCAUUGGUUUUCUGUUCAAUAAAUGUAUAAACAUUCCAGCCAACGUGCAAUAUGUAAAUACUGUAAAUAACAAACAUGACUAAUAAAGUGUUUGAUAUAGUACAUGAUCUUCAAUGUGUAUUCAUUAAAUGUCUCUUUAGAAUACUGGCUUUCAGAAACUGGAAUUGAUUUCACAUGGUUGCUCAACAUUUCAAAGCAAAUUAAUCUGUAAAUUAUAUUAAAACCUAAUGCAAAAUUAUAGCAGGAACAUAACUUUUGAAAAGGCUAAUCAAAGACUGCAUGAGGAGGGAGGUCUCACUAUGCAUCUUAAUUUUCUCUCACCUAUGCAAUCCAGCUGAUGUAUGUCAUAUUACAUUUAUGACCAAAAAAAUCCAAACCAAACCCCAAGCACUAUGGAGCAUUUCUAACAAACGCACUACAGUCUCAUAAGUUUUGACACUUUCUUUCAAAGCAGCAUCUAUUUUAUUGAAGUGCUUUAAAUCAUAUUAGACUGUAUAAGUGUAGAACUUUUGAGUAUGAAACAUGAAAAUGGGGCUAGGAUUUUCAGUUUCAUAGAAUUUAAGGCCAGAAGAACCCAGAAAUCAUCAUUUGACCUGCAUACCUCACACUAUUAUAUACCAUCCAAAUACGCUAUGUUGAGUGCCAUGAAUUCAAUUAAACUAAAGAAUUUUAGACCUCAAUAGACUUAACUACGUGGCACAAGCAAUUAAUAGGAGAAACCACAAUGCCACUGCUGCCAUGUCAGAAAACUGAUUAGGUGAGAUAUUCAGAUUACCCUAGCAGGUAAACCAUACCUCAAGAUGCAAAGGACAAUGUGAAGCCCUGAAGGUUCCUGCCAAUCUGAUUUAGGGCAAAUUUUUAUGAUCCAAGUUUUGUGAUCAGUUAUACCCUAGGCACCUGAAGAUAAAAUCCUCUUAAAUGACUGGAUUGUGUAUGUACCCAUUCCAAGUGCUUCUCCAUUUUAACUAGUGAUCUGUCUCUAGUUGUAACAGAUAUCUGAUGCUUCAUUACCCGUGACAAUCUGAAGCAUGAGAUCAGAUUAUAAUCAUUAUCAAACACAGAGUGAAAGUGUUACAAGCAAGUUCUCCUUAAGGUCAUAGCUUCCAGGGCCAGAUGGCAUAACCAUAACUGACACCCCAAGCCUGCAGAACUCCCAGAAACUGACUUCAAACAUACCUUUCUGGGGGGAAAAAAAAAAAAGUUUUUCAAGGCUCCAAACAGUGAAUCCAUCACCUUUACUAACACUUCCCCCUUAAAUGUAUAUUCCCAAUCAGUUAUACUUUCAGCUGUUUUAAACUUUGGAAGACCGGCCCUUUGAAACUCCAAAUAUACACAUUAUUGGUUGACUAUGCAAUUUACCAAACUUGUAAUUAAGUCUUUGUCUAAUAGUCAUCCUUUGUUGGGAACAGGACUUUGCAUUUACACAUCUUCAUCUUUUUUUUGUUUUGUUUUAGACUCCAAGGUAAAGUUUUGUUGUUGGCCACAUAAGAUACAAGCAAAUAUCCCAUAGUAUCCUCUAGUGAAAGUGUUUAGGGCCCUAUCUCUCAUCAAACUCCAAAAGGAUUUGAGCACCUAACUACCUCAGUCUUCUUUUUGUAAGAGAAAUCCAUACUAUGUGAUUUAUGCCAGUGGCUCAAUCUUUCCAGACUAUUGUACCUCUUUCAGGAGUCUGAUUUGUCUUGCAUGCCCCAAAAUUUCACCUCACACAAACUAUUUGCUACAAAAUCUAAUACAAAAAAGUGUGUAUCAGCACAUUACUGAACAAUUGCUCACUUUAUUUUUACAAUUACAAAUUAAAAUAUAAAUUGCUCAGAUUUCUCUCUAGAGGAUUAACUAGAGGAUAAUAAACAAGUCAUUGUAUAACUUUUUAGUUUGUACUGGAGCAGCUCGAGAAGAGCUGCCGGCAACUGGCACCCUAGGUGGAACCCCCCACCUCCAUAGCCCUCAAUAGUGUGACAUCAUUAUUGGGUGCCAUGUUAAACGCAGUGCCCUAGGCAACUGCCAAGGUUGCCUACAUCCACGGGCCGCCCCUGAGUUUGUACUAACUUCACUAAUGCUUUUUAUGUAGUCGGUUAUAAAACUAGGCAAAUAUAUAGGUGAGUUGAUGUUCACCUUGGAAGUCAUCUACAUACCAGCAGGAUACACAUACUUCUGGUUGAGAGCCACUGAGGUAUGUGACCUCAUGACACAUUAACAUGUCAGCUGACCAACAUUUCUUAAUAGAUUUAUAACAAAAAAUUUCAGCUGGGAGAAUAAUGGGCUCCUACACAAUUCAUUUAGGGCCAGAUCUACAAAGCAACCCAAGUGUCAGUUUUAGGAGCUACUGCAAUCCACAAAAACUCUGGGUGGCUGCUGCCUAGCCCUGUAGAUGUGAAAACUUUUUUUGAUUCCUAAAGCUGUUCUGUACAAGUUUCUGUUGUGUAGAAGUCCAUCAUUCUAGAUACCUAUGUUUCUGGGCAUGUUGCUUCAAUCUAGUUGAAGGGUAUGCUUGUGUUCAUUUUAAACAAAAUGUGAUUUAGAAAGUAUGUAUGCAUAAAGAAGCAUGCUGUGGCUCACCACCCUAGGAACAUUCUAGAAAAGGACAAGGGGAGGGAGGUGAGCUCAACAUGUAGAGUGGAGAAGUAUAAGCAUGUGAUGAACAAAUCCAUAUAUGGAAAGGUUAAAUAUGAUUGGCCAGAGGUUUGUGUUAUGUAACUUGUUUUGUAACUGCCAUGUGUUAUAAAAUAGCCAGGGGAAGGGCUCCUUGCUCCAGGCACUCUGGCUGAUUUUUGUAUUAGGGACUCCCUUUGUGCACACUGAAUAAAGUCUUGUUGAACUGAAGAAAGUAUAGAAGACCCUUGAUUCUGCGCCCGGCCUCUUACUCAUUUGGUGGUUAUUGAGUACCACAAAAUCCCAACAUAGUCUAGGCCUUCAUAUACAAGUCUCAUGGCUAAGCCUCAGACUAAUCCACAAACCUGGGGAGAAUCUAUCUUGCUAGGUGACCUUAGAGACUGCUUAAUGCCAAACAAAAUGGGGGAGGGAGGAAACCUCCCUUAAAACCUUUAGCCUGGGGGUUAUAUACUCAGAAUUUAAUCCUUCAGUUGCUUUCCUUGAUGAGAAGUGAUGUCAGCCGGAGCUCCCUACUUGUCUGAUAAGUGCCCUAACCCCUGAAGUAACACUCGUGUGCAUCUCAAGCUCGUUCCAAUUGAAUAAUUGAAUAAUUAAAAUAUUAAUGGGCCAGAGAAUCACUGUGCAGUGCAGUGCUUAGAGCAUUGUAACCAGAUUGACUCAUCACUGCUGCCUUUCCUGCUGGUCACACUAGGAAUUAGGUCUGCUUGGAGUACACUGCCUUCUGGUUGCUGACUUGCCCAUUAUUGCUCUACUCUGCCGCUGUCUCCACCCUCUGGUGAUUGACCUGCAUUUCUCCCUGGACCGUGGUGUCCUCUUCAGUGCCUACUACUCAAUUCUCCCCCAUUUCCAGAGGUAACAGCAGUCCUCAGUUCUUACACCUGCCACCAUGGCCAAGUGCAGCCCCAAAGUCUAGCCCCUGGCCUCA